AUGAAGAAGCAGAGUGACUCAGUUAAGGGAAAGCUACGAGAUGAUGGGCUUUUUGCUGCCUCCCUCAAGCAGAGGGAUAUGGAGAUCAUGAAGCAGAAGCAGAAAAAGGCAAACAAGUAG